AUGAUCGAUCUUGACGGUUCGACCCUCGAAGGCGGCGGCCAGUUAACUCGUGUUGCGCUCAGCCUUUCUGCUAUCUACCGCCUCCCGAUCCGUGUCUCCCGCGUCCGUGCCAACAGGGGUUCGAAGUUUUCGAAGCGAGGUGCUGGAGCUAGCGGCGGCCUCAAAGAGUCGCACCUUGCAGCCUUGCAUUGGCUCGCCGACAUGUGUAAUGCCAAGACACAAGGUGAUGAGGUUGGGAGCGAGGAGUUCGUCUUUCGCCCAUCGUCGAAGAGAGGCUUGAUCAGAGGACCCUCAGAUUCAACCAUUGAACUCAGGAAUCCCGGCAGCGUCUGGCUUGUGCUUCAGGCCCUGCUGCCAUUCAUCCUGUUUGCGAUAGAUGUGCCGGUAUUGGAACUGACAUUGAAGGGUGGAACAAAUGUCAGCAAGAGCAUGAGCGGCGAAUACGUACAGCAGGUGCUGAUCCCAACGUUGCACAGAAUUGGACUUCCUGAUAUUGAGGUGGACAUCGUGAAGCGGGGCUGGACGUCUCCUGUGAGUCAAAUCGGCGAAGUCAAGGUGAUGAUAAAAGCAGCAAAACGACACCCGUUUGUGCUUCCCGCUUUCGAUGUCGCAGAAAGAGGAGCCAUAAAGAGAGUUGCCGUUACGAUAUUAGCGCAUACCGAAGCCAUGAGGAACAGCCUGAGAGUAGAGGUCAUCAAAGCCCUUGGUUCUCAGUUUCCAGCUGAGAUAUCUGUGGAUGUUGUUAUCGAUGAAGAGUCUGGCAGCGACUCUAGGCUCUAUCUGCUCCUGGUCGCCCACACGGCAAAUGGGUGGGUUCUUGGCAGGGACUGUUUAUACAACAGACGGAUCAGAACCGACAGGGAGGCGAGAGUGAUGGCAGAGAAGGCGUCCGAGAAUGUGGUCGGACAGCUGACUAUGGAGCUCAGUAAGGGAGGCUGUGUUGAUGAGUACUUGCAGGACCAGCUUGUCAUUUGGCAGGCGCUUGCAAGUGGUGCCAGUAGGGUGGAUGCUGGUAGACAUGGCGCAGAUCAUGAUGAGGGAUCUUUACACACAAAGACCGUUCGAUGGGUUUGCGAGCAAAUGAUGGGCAACCAUAACUUGUUUCAGGCUGAUGGCCGCUGCGUUGGCACGCAACCCUACGAUGCAAGGACGAUUUCAAGGAGCGAUAUAGCAGAGAUGACCCCGGUCUUAGAGGAGGCAGCUAUCGACGAUGAGGGAUAG